AUGAAAGUUCUGCUCGUGGAUUUGAAUCUUCCAAGUCCAUUUGACAAUGAAGAACUUGUUGAUCAUCACGACGAAUUGAAUUUAUUGAAAUUAUUGCAAUAUAAUUUGAGAAAAAAACGAUCACUUCGGACACGAGGAUUUUCAAUGAAUUUUGAAUUAGUUUAUGCAAUGGGAGAUCUUGAUGGACUAACCAAUGAUGAAAAAACUUUAACAUUUAAUAGCGAUGUUAUACUUACGUAUCCUACUGAUAUAAAAAUUUCGUAUACUCAUUCAUGUAUUGUCAUCAGUUGUUAUGCAAGUCCUUAUGGAAUAACUAUUGUUGAUUUAGAAACAAAAAAGUUCAAAAAACAGCUCAUGACGGAUAAAAACCCUUCCUAUCUAUGCGUUGAGGAAAAUUAUGAUGGAAAAAAAGAUGCAUUGAUUUUUGUGUGUGAUGAAACUAAAUCUUUGACAAAAUAUGAUUUGAAUGCAUUAAUGAACCCACUUCUUCCAGAUGUAAUAGAUGCAAAAUCAAUCAAGCACAUUUGGAAAUAUGAAUUCAUUCAAUGCCCACAAGGAGUCACAGCCCGUAAUGGUCAAAUCUACGCUUGUUGUUCCAUGAAUAAUAUGAUAGAGGUGUUGGAUUCAUCAACUGGAUCAUUACUCGAUACUAUUUCACUUAAAUGUUCCCCAUAUGGUAUUGAUUUUUCAACGAGGGGUGAUUAUUUAAUUGUUUCAACAUCUGAAGAGGAAGGAAUUGUGAUUUUAUCACGAAAUGAAACAAGAUGGAAACGCCUUGAGCAAAAGAAUGAGUGUCAUUUCCACGAGCUUGAAGCUCCGUACGCUCUGGUAUUUGAUCGAAUUGCAAAUCAUUUGAUUGUGGCUGAUGACAGAAAUACCUUAUCGAUUUUCACACUUGAUGGUACUUUGGUGAAAAAAUUUACCCCCAAGAACCUUGUCAUUGAUCAAACAUACGGAGUGUGUGUUAAUGAGUUCACAGGUGAAUUACUUUUAUGUGAUCACAGUAAAAAUAGAGUACUAUUUUUCAAGUAA